AUGGAGGCGGAGGUGGCGGCUGCCAAUUGGGAGUGGCUAUUGCAGCCCGAACAACGCGACGCCCUCGAAGGCCAUUUGGCCCUUGAAUCCUCGAGGCACGGCGUCCAGCAUCUGGCCUCGCUUUUCAGCCAGCCUCAAGCCGCUUUGGGCCAAAACACCAUCGUGAGUUGGUUGGCCCAGUCUGGUCAGUCCCACACCUUGGGGUGGCUGCUCAACGCCUACGGAAAAGCCAUCGACCUCGAAGUGGCCCAUCCCAUCACGCGUCGGCGCGCCAUCCACGAAGCGGCUGAUCGUGGCCAACCGCAGACCUUGCAGACCUUGCUGCAAGGUGGAGCCGAUGGCAACGCCAAGCUGCGCAACGGCAACACACCCCUACAUUUGGUGAGCAUGAAAUGUGCGGUCGCGGCGGCCCAGCCCGGAUCCGAGAACCUAUUGACUCGUCAGCGCAAUUAUCUGGCUUGCUUGACGUGUUUGUGCAGUUGGCCGGCAGUGCAAGUCAAUGCGCUCAAUCAACUGGGCGCCCCGCCCUUGUAUUAUGCCGCCACGCAAGGCACCGCCGACGCGGUGGCUCUGUUGCUUCAAUCCGGCGCUGACACUGCCCUAGUGGUCGACGGUUCUUCGAUUCAGUCAUUAAUAGACACACACCACCCUAAUGUGGCCCCGUCCCCGGCCACCCGCCCCGUCGAGAAUGUGUCUACGGCUGACGAGUUCUUCCACCUUUUGUACCAGGGUGGAUCGCAAUGUUCAGACUUAUUCAUUACGGCCUGGUCUCAAGCCUCCGCUAAUAACAACGCGCCCGACUUGAGCCAGGAUAACGGCCGUUUUACGUUUCUCCAGUAUGCCUGCGAUCAGGGGUUGGUUCAGAUUGCCAAAUACCUUUUGGCCGCCGGUGCCAACCCCAACGAUUGCUGCCCUAACAACAAGCAGCCGCCCAUUAUCUUGGCCGCACAUCACGGUUUUUACCAGAUUCUCGAACUCUUUCUCCAAAGCAUGGUGGUCGAGAGCGUGGACUGGGAUGUGCGAGAUUGGCCUCGGGGUGAAAAUAUCCUCCACAAGAUCUUGAAACGCCAAUCCCGUGUCGUUGUGUCCGGCGUUGAACGAGAUUACGACCGAUGUCUCAGUCUGAUCUUGGAGCCCCAACGAAUUCCGACCGAUUGUUUGAAGGCCUUGCUCUCCGGUAUGGAUGACUGGGGUAACACUCCGCUCCAUUUUGCCACCGAAUUGGAUGAUCGGCCAGCCGUGCUGGCUCUGGUUCAACGUGGGAGUGACCUCACUGCGGCCAAUAAGCGCGGCCAAAUUGGUGCCCUAAGAAUAUCGGAAGACGUUUGGUGCGAUUUCCUGGAUAAAUGCAUUGAGGCCGAUGGCCUGCCUAUGGACAACGAUUUUGAGUUGUCCUUUAAGUACGAUUUCUUGGCUGCUCGGAAUGAGGAUCUCAAUCGAUGUGAAACUAGAAUACUGCACAUCCUAACGACUUCCAAGGCUCAUCAUCACGUUUUCUUGCAUCCUGUAGUGACGAGCUUUUUAUAUUUAAAGUGGCGGAGAAUUCGUGGCAUGUUCUACACGAAUCUGUUCCUCCAUCUCGUUUUGAGCCUCACUUUAACCUCUUACCUGAUGUUCUCAGUGGCUGACGAGACCUGGCAAGGUUGGAAGUUGGCCACCCGUGUCUUUCUUUGGGCCACCCUUAUUCUCAUCACGGUCAGAGACCUCCUCAUUUUGAUCAGCUAUCCGAUUGGAUUUCUCUCUCGUUUUGACAAUAUCGUUGAGUUGCUGGUCCUUCUCAUUGGUGCCUAUCUUGGUUGUUUUGGGUCUGAAGGGGAUCAAAAUUUGGGGGCGAUUGCCAUCAUUCUGACUUGGGGUCUCAUGAUGGUCUUGAUGGGGCGACAUCCUAAAUUGAGCGUGUACAUUAAGAUGUUCUACACAGUAUCGUUCAAUUUUUCCCUAUUCCUGUUGUGGUACAUUCUCUUUAUCUUGGCAUUCGCCUUCUCAUUUUACUUGAUUUUGCAUUCGGGGGAUAACGAGCAGUUUGCCACUCUCGAGAAGUCCAUCUUCAAGACGUUAGUGAUGAGUCUAACGGGCGAACUGGAGUACGAAAAUAUGAAUUUCGGAGGCCGUCUGGCAAUCCUUUUGUUUCUCAUGUACGUGUUUUUCGUCAUUCUGGUGCUUAUCAAUCUACUCAAUGGUCUGGCCAUCAGCGACAUUUCUGAAAUCCGCCAAAAUGCCGAAAUCCUCGCCUAUAUGUCUCGGACAAAUCUUCUCUUCUACACCGAACUCCUCUUUUGGGGAAGGAAGAGCCAGAAUCGUUGCGUUCAAGGAUGGCACGCCCUGAAAUCUCGAGUUUGGAAUGUGUUCAAAGGUCUCUUAAUCUUGAAUACUCGCCUUCCUCAAAGAAAGGCCGUCUUCUUUCCUAACCAAAGCCUUCAUGAAAUGAGUUUGCCCGCUUCCAAGAAGGAUAACUUGCUGUUGGAUGAAGAUAUUUUGCAACAAGCGAGAAAGCUCGUGGUUGACAGGAUUACGACCGUGUCAAGCGGUGGUAAAAAUGUAGAUACAACCAAAGUUAUACUAAGCAAACUGAUGAAGACUAUUCGACGAUUGUGAGGACUAACUACUCUUUGCUUUGAUUACUCGGUGACAAGAUUCAUAUUGUUCUCGAGCUAUUAAUGUACGUAAUACUGGAUAUGCAAAAUCAAAUAACUAUAUGUACCUUACCAGAAUAUACUGGUAAAAAUA